AUGGCACCGUUUGAUUAUUUAAGAGCGAUCGAGACGCUUCACGAAUUACGUAAAAGUGGAGAACGGAAAUCGGCUUUAGUUGUUUCACUAGGCGAAAGAUUAUUACGAGACUACACUAGAAAACUUGGUGAUGAGGUUUGGCCUGUAUAUGAACAAGUUUUCAUCUCUGCACUUGAUCAUGGAAAUGAUGCAUUAGCAAAGACAUGCUUUGAAAAACUUGAAAAACGAUUUCCUGGAUCGCCUCGAGUUAAGAUAUUAGAAGGAAUGAAAUUAGAGGCAGAAGAUAAAUUAGAUGAGGCAUUGCGACUUUAUGAUGAAAUUUUGGAAAAAGAUGAUUCAAAUAUUGCAGCUUCAAAACGUCGAGUUGCCGUGUUUAAAGCAAAAGGUCAAUAUCAACAAGCUAUGGAUGCUUUAUCUAAAUAUCUUGAUGAUUUUUACACUGAUGCUGAAGGCUGGCUGGAAUUAUCAGAUCUAUAUCUAAGAUUUCAUUCAUAUCAGCAAGCUGCGUUUUGUCUUGAAGAACUUAUUUUACUUCAGCCACAAAAUCAUUUUUAUCAUUUAAAAUAUGCCGAAAUAUUAUACACAAGUGAUACAAGUGAUAAUAUUACUUUGGCCUUAAAAGAAUUUUGUCGUGUUGUUGAAUUAUGCGAAGAUCAUGUUAGGGCUCUCUAUGGAAUUAAACUGUGCACAACUCGUCUUUUAAAUCUUCCAAUAAACAAUCCAAUCAGCUCAAUUGAUAUGAAAACAAUUUCUGAUUUAAAUGCUUUAGCAAUUGAACGUCUUUCUAAAAUUUAUUCUGUGAAUACUAAUCGUAUUGGGGAUGGUUUAAACGAAAUUAGACAAGUUAUCCGUGAAUAUAUGAUUAUCAUGCAUAUUAAAUUCAUUGAAAAAAAAAAUUCUACACAAGAAACCUUUAGUCACCGCUGUCUUUUGGUUAUAAAACGGAAAUACGAAACCAUGAGUUACGUCGCUAAAGGCAAAGAAGAAUAUUCCGAUGAACAACCUAAAGUUCAUCGCAUUCGAAUCACUUUAACUUCACGAAAUGUUAAAGCUUUAGAAAAAGUUUGUUCAGACUUAAUUGGUCGGGCAAAGGAAAAGCAACUGCGAGUUAAAGGGCCUGUACGUUUACCCACUAAAGUUUUGAGAAUUACUACACGUAAAUCACCUUGUGGUGAGGGUAGUAAAACUUGGGAUAGGUACGAGAUGAGAAUUCAUAAAAGAUUAAUCGACUUGCAUUCUCCUAGUGAAAUUGUAAAACAAAUUACUUCUAUUUCUAUUGAACCUGGGGUUGAAGUCGAAGUUACUAUCGCUUCUUAA